UCAUCAUUGGGGUUACUGUUUGUUUGCUAUUCAAACAUUGAGUUGUCCUCUUCAAGAAAGGUUCUUAGAUCCUCUGGCUUUACGUUUAUAGACGAAUGGGCUUCUGUUAUUUCUGGAUCUGAUGAAGGUAUAUAUGCUUGGGUUAUUGCCAAUUAUGCACUUGAUUCGCUUGGCGGUGAUCCGUUACAAACAACAGGGAUUGUUGAACUCGGAGGGGCUUCUGCACAGGUGGCAUUUGUGUCAAGUGAGGUUGUGCCUCCUGAGUUCUCGCGUACCAUAUCCUAUGGAGGUGUUGCAUACAAAAUCUACAGUCACAGCUUCCUCCACUAUGGACAGGACACAGCACAGGAAGAUUUAUAUGAAUCACUCCAGAACUCAGGAUACAUGGCCGGGGAAAAAUCACUGAAUGGUUCAUUCGGAAACUCAGCUGAAGAAAGCAGAUUUACAGCCACCGUUCAAGCUGCAGGCAAUUUCUCACAAUGUCGAUCUCUUACAGCAAUGUUGCAGAAAGGAAAAGGUAAGAAUCAUUACCGGUAUAUCAUUCCGCGUGUCAAUUGUCUUCCCCUCUUGAAUUUUUUUUCCUUGUAGAAAAUUGUCCUUAUAAGCAUUGUUCUGGAUCAACAUUCACUCCUAAUCUUCAAUGAAAGUUUUUGGUUAAAGAACAAUUCUAUACCACACCUCCAAGGUGUAAUAAUCCCACGAAUUCUGAUUUGUUUGAACAAUAAUGAUCUUAUUGUUUCUGUUUGAAUUCAGUUCUUUGAGUUAGAAGAAACGGCUUGGUUGUCUAAAAUGAUUCCAGCCGCAAAGAGUUUCUGUGGAGAAGAAUGGUCGAAACUUAAAGAGAAGUAUCCAACAUCUUAAGAUAGAUAUCUGCAUGGGUAUUGCUUCUCAUCAGCAUAUAUUGUCUCCAUGCUUCAUGACAGUCUUGGUUUUGCUCUUGAUGAUGAUAGGUUAGAAUUUGUGUUACUCUCUGCAAAUUCAAGAAAGUUAACAUCAAUUAAUGUGGUUUUGAUCAAUAACUUUGUUUGUUUUGUCUGCAGAAUCAGGUUUGCGGAUAAUGCUGGAGCCAAAAACACACCACUAGAUUGGGCACUGGGAGCUUUUAUACUAAAUAAUGCCAAAGCCAGAUAUGAUUACAGUGGUAAAUCAAGAAACAUUCUUGGCUUUAAAAAAAAGAAAGUAAAAGCAAUGUAGCUAAGUUCAAAAUAUGAUAUUGAUUGCUUACAACAUAUCAUGUUUCCAAUAAAACCAGUAAACUGUACUGUCACAUAUAUAUGUAUUUUAAGUUCAAUUUUCUUUUUCAACUAUUGUUUUUUUUUCAAUUCAAAGCUUCUUAUUUUGUAAUAAGUUGGAAAAAAGUUCGGUGAAUGAGUUUGAAUAUAUGCAUCAUUUUUGAAUAAAACUAUAUCUUUUGUUUAGAUGAUGUACGUCUUCAAUUGGUAAAGUUUGUCUCGGUAGUGAUACAACGAAUCAAACUAACCUGAAUCAAAACUAAACAAAAACAUGUCUGCAUAACCAAAAAAAACAUGUCUGCACGACGUUUUAUAUAUUUUGUUUUCCAAAACGAGAUCAAAAUGAAAUAAAACACACCACACAAAACUGGUGAAUAUUUUUCCAGUUAUUGAUGAACGAGUUCACAAGUUGCAAUAAUCAAUUCAUUUCCAUGAUCAAAAGCUCUUACAUGAAACACACAGAAGAUUACUUGAAGUGUUCAAAUCUUUCUUUAUUGUAAUUAGGACUCGAGAGUCACAUAUAUGUAAGAAGAAAAUAAAUUAUAAAUCGAGAAUGCAACCUUAUGGCAAUAUACACAUAAACACAUCCAUUGGUCUCGCCACAAGUACCAUCCUUCUCUUAAAACAUUCAAAUAAUACUGGCUUGAUA